AUGCAACAGCCUGUUAUUGUUCUUAAUACAAACACUGAGCGUACUCAAGGCCGCAAGGCUCAAUUGUCUAAUAUUCAGGCUGCAAAGACAAUUUCAGAUAUCAUUCGGACAUGUCUGGGUCCUCGUGCUAUGCUCAAGAUGCUCUUGGACCCCAUGGGUGGAAUUGUUCUCACAAACGAUGGCAAUGCCAUUCUUCGUGAAGUCGAAGUUGCUCAUCCUGCUGCAAAAUCAAUGAUUGAACUCUCUCGUACUCAGGACGAGGAGGUUGGUGACGGCACGACGAGUGUCAUCAUUCUUGCUGGUGAAGUUCUUUCCACUGCCCUCCCCUUCAUUGAGCGUCAAAUUCAUCCCAUCACUAUCAUUUCGGGCUUCAAGCGUGCUCUUGAAGAUUCAAUUAAAUUUUUGAACGAUAUCUCAGUUGAAAUCAAUAUCAACGAAAAAACAGAAAUGAUCAAACUCAUUCAGGCCACUAUUGGCACCAAAGUCGUUUCUCAAUGGAGUGAUCUCAUGUGCAACCUUGCUUACGAUGCUGUCAAGACCGUCACCACUGAAGUGAAUGGCAAGCGUGAAGUAGAUAUUAAACGCUACGCUCGUGUCGAAAAGAUUCCCGGAGGUGAAAUUGAAAACUGCUGUGUUCUUGAUGGCAUUAUGUUCAACAAGGAUGUUACUCAUCCCAAGAUGCGUCGCAUGAUUCGCAAUCCCCGCAUCGUUCUUCUCGACUGUCCACUUGAAUACAAAAAGGGUGAAUCCCAAACUAAUGUUGAGAUCACUGAUGAGUCGCACUGGGCUCGUCUUCUUGAAAUCGAAGAAGAACAAGUCAAGGCUCUUUGUGAUGAUAUUAUCCGCGUCAAGCCUGACAUUGUUAUGACCGAAAAGGGUGUUAGUGAUAUUGCUCAGCAUUAUUUCCUCAAGGCAGGCAUCACUGCGCUCCGUCGUGUCAAAAAGACUGACAAUAACCGUGUUGCUCGUGCUACUGGUGCAACCAUUGUUAAUCGUGCCGAGGAACUUCGCGAAUCUGAUGUUGGCACUCACUGCGGUUUGUUCGAGGUUCGCAAGAUUGGUGAUGAGUACUUUACUUACCUUGUCGAAUGCAAAGACCCAAAGGCAUGCACAAUUGUGCUUCGUGGUCCUUCCAAAGACAUGUUGCAAGAGAUUGAUCGCAAUUUGCAGGAUGCUAUGAGCGUAGCUCGUAAUGUUAUGUUUGAGCCUCGAUUGUGUCCUGGUGGUGGUGCGACUGAAAUGGCACUUGCUGUAAAACUUACCGAGGCUGCCAAAAGUAUUUCAGGUGUUGAGCAAUAUCCUUACAAGGCUGUUGCUGAUGCUCUACAGGUCAUUCCUCGCACCUUGGUACAGAAUUGUGGUGGAAAUGCUAUCAAGGUUCUCACCCAGCUCCGUGCCAAGCACGCUAUCCCAGGCAACUCAUCAUGGGGUAUUGACGGCACGAGUGGUAAAGUUGUUGACAUGCAUGAAUACGGUAUCUGGGAGCCCCAGACUGUCAAAUCUCAAACCCUCAAGACUGCCAUUGAAAGUGCAUGUCUUCUUCUUCGUGUUGAUGAUAUUGUUUCGGGUGUGUCGCAUCGUGAUGCACAAAGCGGUAAUCAGCAGCAACACGCACCUGAAGAAGCCGCAGGUGAUGCUGAGCGUUAAUUAAUUAGUUGUGAUUUAAACUCGAGUCUUUAGUAGUAUGCGCAAAGUAGGGUUGAAUGGUGGCUAGCAAUGCUUGCCAUUUUUAUCCAAUCACUGGUUACAAAUCUAUUAUGUUUAAAAUGAAUUUAGUUUCACUCUUUGCUUAUUCUAU